GGGGAGGGAGCGUGUGGUUUCCAUGGAUACCGUUGAUAGCAAACUGUAAAAGUUUUGAAGUAGAAAAGAAACUUGAAAUUCACGUUUCAGAAUAUCCCAGUGGGAGCUAUGGGGUUAUCACUGACCAGGGCAGCCCAGUGGACCACAUCCAGCUCUGGUACUGGCAAACUGGAGGUCACGCCAAUGAAUGAGUCGUUGUUGAAAGAAAUUCUGCACUUUGUGGAGCAGUUCACUUCCCAACAUCCACAGGAGGCAGAGCAUGUGUUUGAGGAGCCGCUCCAGUGGAGUACCACUUUAGUGGCGUCUAAUUUCAAAACAGACUAUGACAUCAGUGACUCAGAUGUACAGUCUCACGAGAAAGACAGUGGAGGGCAUCCAUUGUUGCAGCUCUCCCCUCCUACUGUUUAUGUACGCAGCUUCAGCCAGCUCUCUAAACUAGUUCAUCUGGCAGAUGAUAAGAAGCUGGAGGAGGUUCGAAAAUGUCUAGAAGAAAAUAGAGAACCCAUGGUUAAGAUUCUUGGUCAGAGUUUUGUCAGCACCCUGGAGAAAGAAGAUGACCUUACUGAUGUACUACGUCUGGUAGACAAAGUGAAAGACCACAUUAAGGACUCAGAGGUCAAGGUCAAGCUGUUCCUCUUGCUACAAAAUAUGGAUAACCAACUCCUUAGCAAGUGCCUCAAAGAGGUAACCGGACAAGUCAGUCUCGACUGCACCGCAGUGACGAAUGAAGUGGAGUUGUUGAAACGGUUCUGCAGUGAAGGGGAAAAGAGGGUGUUGAAGUCGGUUCGAUACACAUCAGAUUAUGAAUUUUCAAAUGGCUGUCGCGCCCCUCCGUGGAGACAGGUGCAUGGUGAGAUUUGUUACCUUGUUAUUGAGCCUUGUGACACUGAGACCGUCUACAUCACCUGCAGCAACGCCGGAGUUUUUCUCAAUGGGUGCAUAAAACAAGAGGGGGAGGAGAGUGGCUAUGAGCGUACAAGUGAUAUGUACAAAGACCUGGUAACACUUCUGAAGAGCAGAUCUCCACAUUUUGCUGAGAACAUAAACGAGCAGAAUUUUGCAGUUCAAAAACUUCCAUCAACACAAAGAAUCCAGCAUGUGGAAUUGGUUGAUGUGGAGGAACUAGGCCAACCCCAGAGGUCUCACGAGCAACAGGAAAAGAAUGUGCAUGAGGAGGCGAGACAACAGCAUACGCCGAACAAGGCAGGCGGCAAGAAGAAAUAUGAGCCAUGUCCAAGAUGGAAGAACCUUGGUCUCAUGUCUCCAUGUGGUAAAGCAGAGGAAAAGAAACCCAGUAAGAGCUCUGGAGAGGAGAAGUCUGGUGAAAUAAAGAAGAAAAAGCUGGGACCAAGAGCCAAGAGCAAGAUGAAAGCAGAAUUAUCUAUGUCCUCUUUACCUGGACGCCUGUCCUCCCAGAAAGUUAAGACCCCAGCAGGAGCCAUGCCAGUGGACACUUUCAGUGAGAGUUCAUCUGAGAGUGAGGAGGAGGAGGAGCAGCCAGAGCGCCGUCCAGAGAGUAACACAGACCUGCCUUCUGAAUAUUGGCAGAUCCAGAAACUGGUCAAGUACCUCAAGGGAGGCGACCAGACGGCCACUGUGCUCACUUUGUGCGCCAUGAUGGACUUUAAUUUGAUGCAGGAGACGUGCCAACUGGCCAUCCGGGAUGUAGGUGGCCUUGAAGUCCUCAUUAACUUGCUGGAUACAGAUGAAGUCAAAUGCAAAAUUGGAUCUCUAAAGAUCCUGAGAAAGAUAAGUCACAAUGUGCAAAUCCGUCGAGCCAUUGUUGACAUGGGAGGCCUGCAGAGCAUCGUAAAGAUUCUGGACUCUCCAGUCAAGGACCUCAAGGCUUUAGCUGCUGAGACAAUCGCCAACGUAGCCAGGUUCUGCAGAGCAAGGAGAAACGUCAGGCAAUAUGGCGGUAUCAAAAAACUGGUGAAACUGCUGGACUGUGUCCCUAAUUUAGCCAACCUGACUGCAAACCAGGAGAAGGAUGUAGAGGUGGCUCGCUGUGGGGCUCUGGCACUGUGGAGCUGCAGCAAGAGUACCAAGAACAAGGAGGCCAUCCGUAAGGCCGGGGGUAUCCCUCUGCUAGGGCGCCUGCUGAAGUCUCCACAUGAGAACAUGCUUAUUCCUGUGGUGGGCACCCUGCAGGAGUGUGCCUCAGAGGAAAGUUACAGGAUUGCCAUUCAGACUGAGGGCAUGAUCAAGGAUUUGGUUAAAAACCUAAGUAGUGACAAUGAUGAGCUACAAAUGCAUUGUGCCAGUGCAAUCUUCAAGUGUGCAGAGGACAAACAAACUCGUGACCUCGUGCGUAAAUACAAAGGUCUGCAGCCGCUGGUUUCAUUGUUGAGCAAGGCGGACAACAAGCAGCUCCUGGCCGCUGCCACUGGAGCCAUCUGGAAGUGUUCCAUCAGUAUGGAGAAUGUAGCUAAGUUUCAGGAGUACAAGGCCCUGGAGACUCUGGUUGGCCUGCUGACUGAUCAGCCUGAGGAAGUGCUGGUAAAUGUAGUGGGAGCCCUGGGAGAUUUUGCCCAGAUACCUGCUAACAAGGCCAUCAUCCGCAAGAGUGGGGGCAUCAAGUCACUAGUCAACCUGCUCACUGGAACAAACCAGGCGCUGCUUGUGAAUGUAACCAAGGCAGUGGGCGCCUGUGCCACUGAUAUGGACAACAUGGCAAUCAUUGACCAGCUUGAUGGAGUCCGCCUGGUGUGGUCGUUAUUGAAAAAUCCCUGUGCAGAUGUUCAGUCCAGUGCUGCCUGGGCCCUUUGUCCGUGCAUUCAGAAUGCAAAGGAUGCAGGGGAAAUGGUGCGCUCCCUCGUCGGUGGAUUGGAACUGAUUGUUAAUUUACUGAAGUCAACAAACAACGAGGUGCUGGCAAGCAUUUGCGCCGCCAUUGCCAAAAUAGCCAAAGACAAGGAGAAUCUGGCAGUCCUUACUGAUCAUGGGGUUGUGCCAUUGCUGGCCAAGUUGACUAACACAACUGAUGACAGGCUUCGUCGCCACCUGGCUGAGGCCAUUGGCCACUGCUGCAUGUGGGGCAGCAAUACGGCGUCCUUUGGUGAUGCUGGAGCUGUGGCCCCCCUGGUGCGCUACCUCAAGUCAAAAGACAAGGCAGUACACAGGAGCACGGCGAUGGCCCUGAACCGGCUGUCCAUGGACCCCAACAAUUGCAUUACCAUGCAUGGGAAAGGAGUGGUCAAGCCCCUCAUCCACAUCAUGGGCUCUGAUGAUGAGACACUCCAAGAGGCUGCUGCUGGCUGUGUGCGCAACAUCCGACAACUGGCCCUGGCUAAUAGGAAGGCCCAAUUAUUUUAUUGACAAUCAAUGAUCAGAGCACCCCUGAAAAUCCAAUGGGGACUGUACAAAAAUGGAGGGGGGCACAUUACCACUGUCACUAAAAAAGGUAGCGUGGCACAGGCUGCACUGCAAUAUUUUGACUUAGCCCAUUAGUAAAACAGGUUGGGUUGUGCUAUAUUAUGUGUGACUUUGCUGUUGUUCUGUCAAGGCUAACUGUUGGCUAGUGAAAAAAUGGUCUGCUCUUUAGAGAGAAAAUGUUAAAUCUCUAUUAACUGUAAUGAUCCACAUCUGCUAUUUCUCAAAACUGCAAAUGGCAGUGUGUAGUUUUCAUCCAUCCACAAAAGCCUUGUUUUUGACAGAACUUUUUUGUAACUAUAACAUCUUUUUUACAGUAAAUUUGGCAAGAAAUGGAUGAAGUAACAUACAAAAGUAACAGUCCCUCCCUACUAUAUCAAAGCAAUCAGACUACCCUCCAUUUAGCAAAAUGAAAAAAUCUCACCCUUUUCUGAUCCCACCCAGUCAUUUUUAUACAGUCCCUUACCAGUACAAUUUGGCAGGCUCUCACCAUAGCAUCUGUCUUGUUGUACAUUAACUUCAGAGUUUGAUUCAAAAGUUUUUGAAAAUAUUUUCAAAUUGAAAGUAUGAGAAAAGUGUUUCACUGCUGUUUCAAAUAAAAUGUAUUAUAUUGA